CUCUGAAAAAACGCGACAGCUCUCGCUGAGGGAGUAGCUCCGCGAUACGCGUUCGAUAGUUGGUUGCUGCGGCUUGGCUGUACGCCAUCGCUGCGGGUCGGCUGCACGCAACCGUGCGAAGCCGGAGCAAGUAAGGCAAAGAGAGGCUUGCACUCCGAGGCUGCACGCGCAACAUGGAUGCCAUCUGCGGCGCCACAGAAACAAAACCGGACUGCGCCUACAUCGGCCAGCGCUACGCCGGCGCCGAGAAGUACCUGGGCGGCGCGAGAGGCCCAGAUGGAACUAUAUACGCUGUGCCGGGCCACGCGCUUCGAGUCAUGGAGAUCAAUACGAGAGGAGAGACGCGGUUGGUCGGGCCCGAGCUGCCCGGCAAGUUUAAAUGGUUAAGAGGCAUUUUAGGGAGGGACGGCGCGUGUUAUGCUAUUCCUUGCCACGCGGAGCAGGUGCUGCGGAUCCGACCCCCUCUGCCAAACGAAACGGAGCCGCGCGUGGACCUGGUCGGGCCCAAAUUGCCAGGGCUCUGGAAGUGGCACGGCGCCGUGGAAGAUCCAAAAACGGGUUUAAUUUACGCGAUCCCGCAGACGGCGAUGAAGGUUUUGCGAUUAGCACCGGCGGGAUGUCUACGAAACAACGCGGAACCACAAGUAGAUCUCAUUGGACCGGACCUCCCAGGACGGUGGAAGUUUUAUGGAGGGUUAUACUCACAUACAGCCAAAGCAAUUUAUGGCAUCCCGGCCUGCGCCCCUGGUGUAUUAAGGAUAGGCCUGCCCGACGAAAAAAUAGAGGUCAUCGGCGACCUCCCGGAGGGCGGCUGGAAGUGGCACGGCGGCUGUACCACACAAGACGGCCAGGUCUGGGGCAUUCCCUCGAAUUCGCUUAGUGUCCUGCGCAUCUCUCCCCACCCGGACGGUGAUGUCGUUUCUACGAUUCCCGGACCGGAUAACAAGCCAUUAGUAGGAGGGCAACACAGGGACGACGACAAAUAUAAAUACUUGGGAGGGGUGGUCUCCCCUAUCGACGGCUGCAUGUACUGCAUUCCGAGUGAUGCGGAUAGAAUACUGAGGGUCGACCCGUCCACGGCUUCCUGUUCCUACGUCGGCCGCGACCUGUCGGAUAUAGCCAAGGGGCAAUCUAGGGGUCAGAACAAGUGGCAGAACGGUUUCGCUGGUCAGGACGGCUGCAUCUACGCGAUUCCCCUGAAAUGUGAGCGCGUGCUGCGGAUUGACCCUUCCAAAGAAGACUGCGCGUCAUUGAUUGGAGGGCCCUUCGAGGGUUUGAAUCUCUGGGAGGGCGGCGUCGAGGGGAACGACGGCGCGCUCUACUGCAUGCCGCUCAAGUGCGAUAGGGUGAUGCGCAUCGCGCCGGCGGGCUGCGAGCCCCUUCCUUCCAAUAGGUGUACGGUAUCCUAGUUAAUUUGUUUCGUCG